GCCGCCCACUUUUCCGCACAUUGCAGCCCUCUCCUCUCCGCUCCGGUUCUCCCGAACUGCCCAACCCAACUCAACUCUCUUCGCACACUUCAGUUCGCACCAUUCACCGCCAUCAUCAAGUUGCCAUCGCCGCUUCGCUGACCAGCACUCCGACCGUAUUUUUGCGACCUACUUACCUCUCUGAACAGCUACCUUUGGUUUUUUUCUCUUCUCCCACAAGAGGCAAAGCGAUCACAGCAGCGACAACAUGAUGCCGACGUGGCCAACCGCAUCCCCGCCCCAGGGCGUUCCGCCCUCAACUGCCUAUGCAGCAACCUAUUCAGCUCCUGCUUUCACCCCAGUCCAAGUCCGACAAACCUUCGGCCAGUCCUAUUCCGCCCCACAAGCCUCCUAUCCCACCACACAUCCCUACGGCCCAGCCCAAUCCCCUCCACCUGCCCCAGCUAAUCACCAGCCGACCGCUGCUUCUCCUCCCACAGCUGAUGAACAGCCCAGGAAGAAGGUUCAAUGGCCUGAUUCCGUCCGCUCCUACGUCCAGCGCUCUUUUUUCCCCGCCAACAUGGAUCCUACCGUCUCGAAAGAAGAAAUGGAGGCCAAGCUCAAGGAAACCAUCAUGCGCGCCAGCGAGGACAACCUUCUGUAUUCCAUCGUGUGGGAGACGAUGCCGCUGCCCCAACAAAUAAUCAAGCAGGAGCGUGAACAACGUGCCAAGGCCAUGGCCUAUCCCACUCAAGCACAAACGCCCUACUCCAAUGCGCCAAUGCCCAUCUCCAAGAAGAGGAAGUCCGCUGACUUGGAAGAUGUCGCCAAUCUCAGUAUCACCCCACCAUGGAGGACAGGCCAAGGCGCCCGCCUCGAGGAUCGCGUCACUUUUUCCAAGGAUAAACGCCAAGCUACCGAGGAGAGCUCCGAUAACACGAGUAAGUUGAACAAGUACGAGAAGCGCCAAAAGCGCUUCAACGGGGGCUACGUAUCGACAUAUCGCUCCCCAAGCCCCCCCCCCGGCGAUGGGCCCGUCGUGGGGACGUGCGAAAAGCUUGAGAAGAGCUAUCUACGCUUGACUGCUCCUCCCAAGCCUGAGAACGUGCGUCCGCCUCGGGUGUUGAAGAACACGCUGGAGCUGCUGAAGAAGAAGUGGAAGAAGGAUUCGAACUACGCAUACAUAUGUGAUCAGUUCAAGUCCAUGCGCCAGGAUCUGACUGUGCAACGCGUGAGGGAUGAUUUUACUGUCGAGGUGUACGAAAUACAUGCUCGCAUUGCUUUGGAAAAGGGGGAUCUCGGUGAGUAUAAUCAGUGCCAGACUCAGCUCAAGGCACUGUACAAGUUGGGCCUCAAAGGCAAGGCCAACGAGUUCAAGGCCUAUCGGAUUCUUUACUUCAUUCACACAGCCAACCGCACAGACUUGAAUAGCGUUUUGGCAGAUCUAACCCCAGCAGAAAAGAAAGACAAGGCGAUCAAGCACGCCUUGGACGUGCGGUCCUCCCUGGCCCUGGGGAACUACCAUCGGUUCUUCCAGUUGUACAAUGAGACCCCAAACAUGGGUGCAUACCUCAUGGAUAUGUUUGUCGGCCGGGAGCGUCUUGCUGCCCUGUGCAACAUUUGCAAGGCAUACAAGCCUGACGUGCCAUUGCGAUUUGUUACCGAGGAACUCUAUUUUGAGUCCGACAUGGAAGCCGCCCAGUUCAUCAUUGACAACGGCGGUCAGGAUUUGCUCCAAGAAAAGGAGGACGGCACCAUUGUCAUCCUCACUGGCAAGGCUGGCCAGACAUUCGAAAGCCACAAAGCGAAAGCCUUCGCCCGCGUCGACAUCAAGGGCCAAAUCUAGUCGCCCCUGGCUGUGCUUCUCUUUUCUAUUUUGUUUUCCACAUCCACAAGCGCCACCCCUCCCUUCGUUGGAGGCUACCUCCCACGUCUUAUCACGUCGUAAUUAUUCUUUCACCCUCACCCCCCUGAGGCUCGGGGGGUGCCUACCCAUACGUCGCCUGUUCGCCGGCCGCCAUGCAUAGGCCGCUCAUCCAUCUUUUUUUCUGGAGUUUCCAGGAGAUCCUUGGAGAGCCUCACGACUCUGACACCAUCGACUUUUGUUUUGUCGGCCACGAAAAGUAGUUUUUCUUUUCUUCCUGACUUUAAUUCCCAGCUUUCGCCAUCCUCUUCAUCUUCUACGACUUUAUGGCUUCACGAGGGAUCUCGCUCACACUUCGAACCGGUGGUGCUCUGCUACUGGCCGUGCCGUGAACCAACUGCGAUGAUGACGAUAGAUGAGUGUCGACAAGGGUGGCUCUGCUUCACUGUUCGUGCUCAGUAGUUAUCUAAAACAUCGCUUGGGGUUUUGGGCUGUGCUUUGUCAGGGCUGGAUCUGGUAGAGGAGUUAGCUAGCUUUGAAUCAACGGCAGUGCUGUUGAGGAAUUUUGGCACAGGGGGUUUUUUGGUUUCGUUAUCGGGGGAUUUCCGUCACAGUGAUACCCAUGGAAGAGGAGGUUGGCCCGUUUUGAUCUAGCAGUCAUCUGGGGGAUAGUAAAGUUUGACUUGGGCUGGGGCCACCGACCCCAUUUGGGCGAGGAGUAUGGAGCUGGAGUUGAAUUUGUGUAACCAUUCACAGCGGACUAGUCUUGGAGUCCUAUCAAGGGAUAUAUCGUUACAAUCAAGGUUUAAUGAAGACGACAUUUGUCACGUCUUGGUUUCUGAACUCUCGUGAUUUCGGCUUUGCCCAGCUUUUGCCAUUUGAU